AUGAAGGUUCAGAUCCUAUCUAGAAAAGUUCAUAGCUCCAUCGUUUCCAACUCCACCCAACCUUCAGAACUUGAAAUUAUCAUGUUUCGACCAGCUUGCUGCUACCUUGCAUGGGCUCUUUCUUUUCUACUACCUACCCAAUGGGGGAGAAGCAUAAAAGAAAACUUCUCAAUUGAGUGUAAUGACAAGGGAGCGGAGUACUUGGAAGCUCAAGUUAGUGGUUCCCUUUCUCAACUUCUCGAAAGAGAAGAGCUUGAGACUGAAAUGUGGUGGCAUUUGGUACCGGGAAAUUUCCAACCGAAGAACAGCCCUCUUUUAACCAUUCAAUUCAACAUGUUUGAUUGUGGAGGCCUAGCUAUUGGGACAUGUAUGGCACACAGUAUAGCUGAUGGAUACACAAUAGGUGCAUUCGUCAAUGCCUGGGCCACUGCUUGCCGAAUUGGGAUUGAAAAGGUACAUUGUCGUCCGAGCUUCCCAUUCGGCUCUCUUCUUCCGCCCAAGAACAUACCUACUAUCUCUUCCGUCUGCGAUCCGACAAGAGGUGGAGAAAUUAACAAGGUUGUCAAGAAAACUUUCGUGUUUAACCGUGCAACAAUAUCAAAACUGAAAGAAAUUGCUGUAAGUCGUACUUCUGGUUCAAAUCAGCUGCUGAAACACCAACCGACACGAGUGGAGGUUGUGACAGGACUUGUGUGGAUGAUUCUCACAAAGGUAGCUCAAGCUAUACACGGCCACUUGAGGCCUUCCAUCUUUGGAAUUGUAGUUAAUAUGCGAGGGAAGACAAGUAUAACUAUGCCGGAGUAUUCUUGUGGAAACUUUGUAAACUUCGCGAUUGCGCAAUUCAUGCCAGAUGAUGGGAGCAAGAUUGAGCUUCGUGACUUCGUAAAUCGGGUGCAUGCUGCGACAAGAAGCUUGGUUGAUGAUUUUGCGAAAGCUUCGAGUGGGGAUGACUUAUUUUGGAUCAAGAUCAAGAAGAUGAGGGAGGCGAGUGAAGCCUGGGAAAAACCCGAGACAGAUCUCUAUAUGGUAAGUUCUUUGUGUCGGUUCCCAUUGUAUGAAACAGAUUUUGGAUGGGGAAAGCCCUCUUGGGUGCGUCUCGUGGAUAAAACUAACAAUUAUAGUGCUAUUGUGAUUUUAGACACUAAAGAUGGUGAUGGAAUUGAAGUAGUUAUAAGGGGUUUCCCAGAUAGAAAUGCUGCAAAUAAGGCAAAGGAUCUCUUCGGAGAUGUCAAUGGUGCUAAGUGUCCAGCAGCUCCUCGGAUAGUCGCAAAUGUUAUGAUGUCUCCAUGA